ACAGAAGGGAGCUCAGGGAUGCAGACUCGAGUUUUGGACCAGCGCAAAAGGACCUCCAGAUACCUCAAUGGGGUAGCCAGACAGACUCAGAUGGUUCCCAGGAUACGUAUAUAAACACAAUGAAGUACAUCACAAGGCCAAGAGGGAAGCCAUACCAGUGACAUUUUGAGUAUGUGACAGUGAAAUGGUGAGAAGUCGACCAUGGGUGACUGGAACCUGCUGGGCAGCAUCCUAGAAGAAGUCCAUAUACAUUCCACCAUUGUGGGAAAGAUCUGGCUUACGAUACUUUUCAUAUUUCGCAUGCUUAUUCUGGGAGCAGCCGCUGAGGAUGUAUGGGAUGAUGAACAAUCAGAGUUUGUCUGCAACACUGACCAACCAGGCUGUAAAGCAGUCUGCUAUGAUCGUGCUUUCCCCAUCUCCCUUAUUCGCUUCUGGGUCUUGCAAGUCAUCUUUGUGUCUGCCCCAUCACUUGUCUACAUGGGCCAUGCACUCUACUGCAUUAGUUCAUUGGAGAAGGAACGUCAUAGACGACGGGCCCAGCUGAAGGAGGAGCUUGAUGAGGCUGAGUUGGCAUUGGAUGAACAAAAGCGUGUAGAAAGGGAGCUGAGGAGAUUGGAAGAGCAGAAGAAAGUGAAGAAGGCUCCUCUGAGAGGCUCUCUACUGAGAACAUACAUCAUCCAUAUCCUUACACGUUCUGUGGUAGAGGUCUGCUUCAUUCUGGGCCAGUAUAUUCUAUAUGGUGUCCAACUGGAGCCUCUCUAUAAGUGUGAGAGACUGCCUUGCCCCAACAGUGUAGACUGUUACAUCUCUAGGCCCACAGAGAAGACAAUCUUCAUGGUUUUCAUGAUUGCCAUUGCUGGUGUGUCACUUUUCCUAAACAUUCUGGAAAUAUCCCACUUAGGUGUCAGAAAAAUCAAACAGGUCUUGCAUGCAGAGGAAGAUGACAGUUUGAUUUACAAGUCCAAGAGGAAGGCAUCCUUACCACACCUGUGUGUAACAAGCAAUGUAUCACCUCAUGAUGGGCCUUUGAUUCAAACCUUCAAAGUAAUUCCAGGGGCAGACAUGAAACCUAGUCAUUACAACAGUGGGCUCAAAACCAACCAUGAGGCACCAAGACACAACAGCCUGGCUAAUGUGGGGCAUGGUCAAACCAUCUAUAUCUGUCCCCAACCAAGGAUGUCACCCACAUCUACCAUGAACUGUGCAAUCCAUCCUCCCAGUACCAAUGACGGUUCAGAGGUUCCCACAGCCAUAAUUGACCACUAUCAAGCCUGGACCUCUGUCACAUCCACUGCAGAAGGGAAUGAAACAAUCCAUGAGGAUACCCAUGAAGAAGAACAUCCUCCAUCCAGCCAUUUGGAAGCUCUGCUAGCCAGUAGCAACAUAAGGCCUAGAGCUAUCAGAGACCUUAAUGAAUAUGAGAGAAGGGAGUCAGUGGGGAGUGAGCUCCUGAUCCCCAACACUAGGAAGACUAGCUUCAUGAUCAGGCCACCAUCUGAAAGCUUGUCCUCAGUGAGUGGCUCAACAAGUCCCUCCCUACAUACGUCAGAAGAGUCAGAUGAACUGGGUUCCUUGCAGGGAGACAUGCCAAUGAUGCCGCCAGCUGGAGGCCGAAGAAUGUCAAUGAGUAUGUUUCUGGAUAUCUCUUCAAUCAUGAAGAAGUGAAGAGAUGAGGCUAACAUGGCUGUAAGAGCUGUUGUCCACAGCCUGCUGUGUCACAAACAGGGGAGAAACUGUAUCAAUGAUCCAGCCAUCAACAUUGAUCCACUCAUGUCACAUGGGGCCAAAACCAGUCAGCCAUGAUGAGGCAGUGGACUCAGUGCCAAAGCACCUUACAGUGUCUGCAUGUUCACAUUAAUUUUUUCAGUCUUUCAGUGUGUUGGUCAGAUUUUUUAUGAUUUUUCAGUAAAAAACAAACAAAACAUUAUUAAUGGAGCAUUCUCCUAAAGAAGAUCUGUUUGUUUCUGUAACAUGGACUUUGAGCUUAAAUACCUUUUCUAAGUCAAAGACUUAA